UCUUGUUCAUUGCGUGUCUAUGGUUCGAUGUGAAUUUCGGAAAUUUGUGUUUACAAAUAUUUAUAACGAAGAGAUUUAUUAAUAUAAGUCGAAAAUGUCCGAUGAUGAACAAAACGACGAGAUUGAAAAUGGGCACAUAUCCAGUUCGUUAUCCCCGUUAUAUAUGGUCCAGAAUAAUUCUUCGGACGAUGAUGAAGUGGAGCUCGUCGGAGACUUCAACAUCGAUUUGCCGACUUCGCAUAGGUACUUGGGGAAGCUGAACAAUCUUGGUGGUUACACUCUGUUUGACGAUGGCGAAAUUUUGAAUCUUCUAGGAAUAGAUACGAACACUCUGGUGCUGCCAGACUUCACCCUGCCUCUAAUAUUUGAUAAUCCACACGAAGGUAGUGUCAUGCAACACUUCCUGAAGAAAAGCAAAGUUUUCGUCCUUCUCUGUACACAUUAUUCAAAACCUUCAGAAUUCUUUGAGUACGGAGUUAUCAUGGAAGCUUUUGAAACUAACGUCAGAGAUGGAAUUUUAUCGCUGAAAGCGAGGGGGAGGCAGCGCUGUCAGAUCAUUUCCGAAAUUAAACCUCUAUCGGAAAGAUUGCAAACUGUUUUAGUGAAAGUUUUGCCGGAACACAUGGCUACAUCUCCUUUGGCCGACACACAAUUGUACACAUUGAAAAAGAAAAAACCCUUUUUCUGCGAGGAUUAUGCGGAUAUGAAGAAAAUCAGGAAAUAUAGAAAGUAUCACGUAGCUCAAUUCACAUAUCCUGAUUGGUUGUACGAAGAAUACGAGGUCUGUUAUUUCGUUAAACACAUUCUGGAAGGUUUGAAAAAAUGUUUCAUCAUGGAAUUUGUGCCAAAGGAUCCCUUGAAGCUUUCAUAUUGGUUCAUACAGAAUUACCUGCUGCAAUAUCAGGAAAGGUUGUUGCUUUUGCAGGAGAGCACGGUAUUAUCGAGAUUGAGGUUAGAAAUGAAAUAUUUGAAAAGCAAUAGAAUCAUGAUGUGUCACAGUUGUCUUCAGUGCAUUGCCGAACAACAACAUAUAAUCGUACUGUCGAAGGAUGGGAUUCAAAAUAACUUUGUAAAUCCCAGCGGACACGUUUUUGAAACCAUAACUGUGAGCGAUGCAAAAAAUUUUAGACUUGUCGGAAGACCAUCAAGACAGUUUUCCUGGUUUCCAGGGUACGCAUGGACUAUAAUGCAGUGUAGCCAAUGCAAGUCGCACCUUGGAUGGAAGUUUACCUCUUAUACGUUGACCCCAAAAGUUUUUUACGGUCUAGCAAUAAGUUGUCUCGUUGUGAGGAAUGAAACUGGUAGCAGGGAGGAUAAUGUGACGUUUUAACCUUUAUCAUAUUUUUGAUGUUAUCUGAUAUAGUUUUUAGGAAUUUAAACGAGUAGCACACUUCUACCCCAUAUAAACUGUAAUAUCCAGUAAUAAAAAGAAUUUAAUUAAAAAA